AACAACCGCUUUGAGUAGACCGCAGAAUAUGAGAGGCGUUCUCCUUUUUGUAAAAGGCGUGAUCCUCGAUGGGUAUCCUGUAAGAGAAUCAGAACCGUUGGAUUGUGAAUAUUAAAGGUAAAAUAAUAAUUAGAAAAAUAAAAGGGUUGCUAACAAAAGCAGAUCGUUUAGGGCUCUUGGCUCACUGGUUUUGUCUUGAGACUGAGAGUGAGAGUGGAGAAGAAGAGCUUCGGUGGUUUAAGAAAUUCAGGCAAAGAAACAAUUUGUCAAUCAGGAGAGAUCGGCUUGAGAUUCAGGUGUUAUGACUUGCGAGAGAAUGGAAGGUUAUUGAGGAACUCGACACAGACAGUUCGCGGAGCAGAAAUAAAUUCCCGUUCGAACUUUGGAAUCCGGGAGUGUAACAACUCAAAAGUGGGGGGGAGGGGAGGUGAGGGAGUUGCAGAGAAAGAAGCUCAAGGCAGGUUUAAGGGGAACGCGUUGUAGAUUCUGAAUCCACAUUUCAACAGUUUGAUCCGUAAAUACAGGUGCUAUUUUACUGGGUUUUUGUACUGAUUCUAAGUGCCACAGGCACUUCAUUGGUUGACUAAAUGUUGCCGAAGGGUUAGUAUAGCUAUGGACCGUUUUAGGCUGGUUACUUCUCUUAAGGGUACUUUGUGCCGCCAAUUCAUAUUGUUUUCAAUUUUAUUAUCCAUUCAAGAUGUAGUGGCACUGGAGGCUCCACUUGUGCCUAGUUCUCACGUUCCAAAGUUUGUUCUUGCUGACCCACCCAAUAGUGGACUUUUUGGUCCCAUAGAAAUAUCACCUGCUGUCAUACCACAUUAUCCAUUUCCUGGUGAACCAUUGUCACCCAUGUACCCUUCCUUUCCGACCACAUACGAACCAGUCUUGACUGGAAGAUGCCCUGUAAAUUUUUCUGCUAUUUCAAAUGUUAUGGACAAAACAGCACAUGAUUGCGCUGCACCAUUAGCGGCACUUGUAGGCAAUGUGAUCUGCUGUCCUCAACUUAGUAGUUUGCUCCACAUAUUCCAAGGUCAUUAUAAUGGAAGCUCUAAUAAGCUAGUUCUGGAAAAUGCAGUGGCUAAUGAUUGUUUCUCAGAUAUUGUUAGUAUAUUAGCCAGCAGAGGGGCAAAUGAUACGAUACCUGCACUUUGCUCUGUAAAAUCGUCUAACCUUACUGCUGGGUCCUGUCCUGUGAGUGAUGUGGCCACCUUUGAGAAGAUGGUAAACACAAGCAAAUUGUUGGAUGCAUGUAGCAUUGUUGAUCCACUUAAGGAGUGCUGCAGACCAGUUUGCCAGCCUGCAAUUAUGGACGCUGCACUUUGCAUUUCGACAAGAGAAUCUGCUAUCACAGCAGAUGCUGGUGCAGUAGGAUUGCCCAAUGAGAUGAGUGUUCUCAAUGAUUGUAAAUGGGUGGUAUAUUCAUGGUUAUCUAGGAAGCUCUCAUUGGAUGCUGCCAAUACUGCAUUCCGAAUAUUAUCUGCCUGCAAGGUUAACAAAGUCUGUCCUCUGGAAUUUGAACAGCCAUCAGCAGUAGUUAAAGCUUGCCGUGACGUGGCAUCUCCCAAUCCUUCCUGCUGUAGCUCAUUGAAUACAUACAUAGCAGGAAUACAGAAGCAAAUGUUAAUUACAAAUAGGCAAGCCAUAAACUGUGCUACAUUGUUUGGGUCCCUGUUGCAGAAAGGUGGUGUCAUGACAAAUAUCUAUGAGCUUUGUGAUGUUGACUUGAAGGACUUCAGUCUUCAGGCAUACGGAGAACAAGGGUGCCUACUUCGAAGCUUGCCUGCAGAUGUGGUUAUUGAUAAUUCUACUGGUGUUAGCUUUACAUGUGACUUGAGUGACAAUAUUGCUGCACCAUGGCCUUCGUCAUCGUCACUCUCAUCCCUGUCCCUUUGUGCUCCUGAGAUGUCCUUGCCUGCCCUACCCACAUCGGAGACCUCGGGGAAUUCUGGUUGUCAUGGUGGGCUCAGCUUCCUUAUAGCCAUUCUUUUGUUCUUUGUUUUCAGUAUACUGAACUGAAUAGAGCGAGCGAGCUGGGUGUCUGGCUGGCAUAAAUUGGCCUGGGAGAUUUUUGCCCCCAUGGCCGGAUUACAUGUAUAUUUGAGUAUCCAUUCUCAUCAUGUAUAGAAGCUUGUUUUUAUUGAGGUGCUAUUCAUUCGCAUGUUUUCAUGACGGUAAGUAGUGGUUUAGAGUUCUCGAUUUGGGAUGUUCUGAAGACCCAGCAACUUGACAUUUUUAGGCAGUUGCAAGAAUAAACACAAGGCCUGAACUGAGGUGAAAACUAUGAAACCGAAAAGUUUUGGUACAAAAGUAGAGUUGCGGUUAGUGCUA